CAUAAAGGAAGACCACACAUAAAGAGUGGGCUUGUCCUUCUAAGAGAUAUUAACCACUUCUUGUCUGAGUUAUGAUACUGCGGGGAAGUCCUCCAAUCUCUACUGCAAAUAUCUGCACAACGUAGAUCUAUUAUUAAUUUAAUUAGUCCAGAGCUGAUAUUAAAUAGAGGGAAUCAUAUUCUCUGUGACUCAAAAUUGUCAACUGUAGUAGCAACAGAGCAGCUCGAGUCAUGAAUGUAUUUUCAAGAGGAGUGUACCUUUUUCUCAGUUUGUACAGCGUCUUCUCUGUUGUGGUAGCCGGUACAGAAUGCAACGAGGAAGUCAGUUUGUCCACAUUCACUGAGAGUUAUGCUGUAGAAGCUGCUGCCAGUUUCUCUGAUGAUGGUAGUAUCCUUUCUCUCAGUUGUGCUGUCACUGAUGGAGAUACUUUACAGCCUGGACAAGAGCUGGUCUGGACUGAAGGAGGAAUAGAGAUACAGGGCAAAUCUUACAACAUGACAGUACAGCAAACUAAUACCAGCUCUCUAUUAACAAUAUACAAUGUAACUGAUGGACUACAGUAUGGUGAAUAUGGUUGCCAGUGUCACAAUAGGCACAAUCAUACACACAAUUCACUCAGUAAACUGAUAGCUACUGUGGAUUCAUUCAUCCAACACUGCAGCAAUCUCAACACUACUGUAGCAAUCCCUGACACAGAUUUUGCCCCUACUAUUGCUACACAUUAUGUAUCUGCUCCUGGUCAAAGUGUCAGUAUAAUAUGCAAUCAAUCUGGUUCUGUCCUAGCAAGAGAAAGUGGUGGUGUACUAGAGGAGGUUACUAAUACUUUUAUUGUCUCCUCUCCUGGUCAUCAAGGGAAGUUUGUAUGCAUUAAAGCUGGGACUGUAGUGGAGAUACACUAUGUUGUCAUUGAAGAUUAUGAGCCGAUUCAAUUUGUAUUUCCUCCUAUACCUGAAAAAAUCGUCCUUCCUUUUUCUGUUGGUUCCACUUCUCCUCCAACCCUGUGUGCCGUCUACUCUCCAAUACCUCUGCAAUCGUUUCGAAUAGUCUUUAGAAGUGGGGAGGCUGUUGUAGGAGGUCUGAAUCGUAUCUAUAGCAAAAGUGGCCCACUAGGAGAGGAUCUGUGGAGAAUCAAUUUAAUACCUAAUGAAGGAAGCAAUUUGAUUCUUGAGAGCUUGGAUCUUAAUUGCAGAGUUGAGACUGUUUGGGAAACUGUAACUAGUGAAAGAUACAAAGUUGACUUUGAAGAAUCCAAUACUGCCCCUAUUCCCUCUGUGUGUGUCACAGCAUCAGUCACUCCUCCCUCUCCAUUUCUCCCAGGCUCCAGCUUCACAAUACAGUGCACCAUUCAAUACGACAUAGAACCUGAUGUCAACCUACACAUCAUACACACAACAGACGAUGGUCUAUACACUGAACUCGAUAACUUUCCACUUUCCUCGUGUGAUGGUCUCCAUCAAACAAGGGUAUGCUCCUACACUAUUGAUAACGCUCUCCGUUUAACGAGCGAUGGGAACUAUUCUUGUAACUUCAGCGGUGUCAUUGAUACCAUUCCUGUAUCAGUCCUGGAGAUUGAGUAUUCAUCAACAAUUUCUCCUCCACUCCUAUCAUCGACAAUAAUAGCUUCAUCAAGUAGUAAUGACAUUAGUACUACUCCAGUCAUUCUCAGUACAUCCUCCAGUACCGGCAUUAUAUCUUAUGUUAAUCCAACCUCCGGAACUAAUGGCUCUCAAGUCAACAACACAACACUUCUCUCAGUCUCUCUCUCCCUAGCCUUCCUCUUAGUAGUUUUGAUACUCUCUGGGUUUGGUCUUAUAUUUCUUUCUAAAACUUGCUCUAAAAGAAAAAGGCGUAAGAGAAGAGAAAGUGUAAGAGACGGUCCGAUUGAGAUUCCUGCUCGUCCGUUGUUCACCUUCCAGCAGAGUCUCACGGGAUUUGACGAGGCUCUUUUGAACAGUUUGAAAGCGAACGAUAUGGAGUCUGUGUCUAUAUCACUAGCAUCAGCUUCGCCUAGCCUCUUGAAUCAGUUGAGGCCAAGCAUGAUAUCAAGAAUGAUGGCAGAGUGUCUUCAAGAGUUGCAUAGCAGUGAUUGGUAUGUUCCUUAUCACAAGCUCUCGUUUGAGGGCGAGCUUGGAUCGGGGGCUUUUGGUACCGUCAAGAAAGCGAGAGUAGCCGGAAUAAAAGGAGAUACAAACGAAAAGGUUGUGGCAGUCAAAAUGCUUAAAUGCUUGCCUUCAGAAGAAGACAUGCGGGACAUCAUCACUGAGUUCAAUAUACUGAAGCAUGUUGGAAGACAUGACAAUAUAGUUGGGCUUCUAGGAGCUUCUGAACACAAUGGUCAGUUGUUGGUCAUAGUGGAGUAUUGCUCUGGAGGUAACCUUUUGCAGCAUUUGAGGAAGAAGAGGCAAGACUCUCUUGAUCCUUUGACGACUCUUAAACAAAUAAAAAUGGCUCUUCAAGUAUCUCGUGGGAUGGCAUUCCUAUCAACACAAAAAUGUGUUCAUAGGGAUUUGGCUGCUCGUAAUAUACUUCUAGAUCAUGAAGGAACUCUCAAAGUUGCUGAUUUUGGACUAGCAAGGGAGACACUUUAUUCGAUAUAUACCAAAACAUCAAAAGGAAAGAUUCCUUUUAAGUGGAUGUCUCCUGAAAGCAUUUUUGACAAAAUCUACACAACCAAGAGCGAUGUGUGGUCCUUUGGUGUCCUUCUAAUGGAAAUUAUUACAUUAGGCCAGACACCGUAUCCUGGUAAAACUGUUGAUGAAGUUAUUGAGUGUUUGAGAAGCAAGAAAACCAUGACCAAACCUCAGUCGUGCCCCAUCAAAGUUUACGACAUAAUGAGACAGUGUUGGCAGUUCGAUCCUAAACUCCGUCCCUCGUUCCACGAACUGAUAACAAUCCUCGAGCAAUUCUUGGCAGACUAUCGGCCGGAAUCGCCCAGCUACAUUGAACCAGUAGAUAUUGACGAGGGUGUCUCAACUUCCAACGACACCAAUUCACCCUCUCCUGUCUCUCCUAAUCCCCCGCUGUGCCAGCUGCACAAUGACAGUCUGGACUCCGGUCACCAGGAGCUUCCCAGCAUCCAUGAAAUGUACUCCGCCCUGAUGAGCUGUGACCCAGAGCUGGCGGAAGAGCUCCAUAAGCUGUGUCUCGAUUGUCAGAGACGCUGCCUCAAUACUUAUUACUGCAAUUAUAUAUCAGUGAGUUCAGAGACUUCUUGUAGCAGCGAAGACUCUACUGGUAGUGUUAAGAUCUACACAAGACUUGGUGGAGAAAAAGGUGGAGAUUCUAAAAACCUCAAACCUCGUAAUAUCAGAUUUGGGAAGUACUCUUUCUGUCGAUCCUGUCGGUACUUAGCGACUCCUAGUGCUAAUGCUGGAAACUUUUUAAAAGUUGAUGAUGGAGUGACUUCCAAAAAAGGGCAACGAGAACCUUCGUAUCUUUCUUUGAUAGGUAGCGAUCAGGGAGGUCCCUCACCCAUCCAUUAUGUGACUCAAGCUCCUCUCAGUCACUCUAUAUCAAUCCAGAUAAGCAAUGGAGGGAAGGAAAUUGACUCAAGUCCAUCAAAGCAAUCCUUUGUUUCGAUAAAGACUCCUCUUUCUCUGAGCCCGAGGCGCAAUGGAACAGAAAUGGAGGGACAUCAUGGAUUAUUAAAAGGGCAGUGUCAGGUGUUGUGGGAUACCCAGUCGACCACGAGUGGUGGGUACAUACAGACUGUGGUGUAAUAGUGUAACAUUUGGAUGAACAUGUUAUUAUUUUUUUAUUUUAAUACAGAGAAGAGAUGUGCAUUCUCUUCAUAUACAGGUGUAUAUGCUUUUUUUAAUACAUUAUUUCACAACCUCUCACUUAAUGUUUCUUGUAGCUUGUGGAUACUAUGGUUGGUGCUUUUGUUGGCACA